CUUCAGCCGUCACACAGUGUACUGAGGAAGAAAAUGUCCAACCAAACCACCAUGACCGAAUUCCUUCUCCUGGGGUUCUCUGAUGUUCCAGAACUGCAGAUUUUACACUUUGUGGUGUUUCUAGUGCUUUACCUGAUAUCCCUGCUGCCGAACCUUCUCAUCGUCACAGCCAUAGCCCUUGACUGCCAGCUUCACACCCCCAUGUACUUCUUCUUGAUGAAUCUGUCCAUCCUAGACCUUGGCUCCAUCUCUGCCACCAUCCCCAAAUCCAUGGCCAACUCCCUCAUGAACACAAGAUCUAUUUCUUAUUCUGGAUGUGUUGCCCAAGUCUUUCUUGUCGUCUUCUUCACUUCAGCAGAUUUUGCUACACUGACCAUCAUGGCGUACGACCGAUACACUGCCAUCUGCCAACCACUGCACUAUGAGACAGUGAUGAACAGAAGAGCUUGUGUCCAAAUGGCAGCCAGUGCCUUGAUCAGUGUUCUUCUCUACUCUGCAGUGCACACUGGAAACACCUUUGCAAUAUCCUUCUGUGGAGGCAACAUGGUGGAUCAGUUCUUCUGUGAAGUCCCCCAGCUACUCAAGCUCGCUUGCUCUGAUUCAGACCUCAGUGAAGUUGGGUUUCUCAUCUUUAGUGUGUGCUUAGCCUCAAGCUGCUUUAUUUUCAUAAUUGUGUCGUAUGUUCAGAUCUUCACCACAGUGCUGAGAAUCCCCUCUGAGCAGGGCAGGCAUAAAGCCUUCUCCACCUGCCUCCCUCACCUCAUUGUGGUCUCCUUGUUUAUUUGCACGGGGAUCUUUGCCUACUUGAAACCCACUUCCAGCUCAACCUCAGGUCUGGUGGCUGUUCUCUAUUCUGUGUUGCCACCAAUGAUGAAUCCGAUCAUCUACGGCAUGAGGAACAAGGAGCUCAAAGGUGCACUGAGUAAACUGAUAGUUUGGAGGUUAUUCUCUAAGAAUAAAAUGUCCUUAUUUCUUCUUCAGUAACAAUUUCAUGCUGUGUUUCUUUAUAAAUAUAAUCAGCUGAUGACAUUAUCGCCUGCAUGAGAAAAUACUGUGCAAUCUGCUUAUGCAGAAUUGGGUAUUUACACUAGGAAAAAUCCAGACAAACAGGACUCAGAAAAAUGGAGUUACUAUAGGUUUAGACCAAUGUAAAUAAGAUCGGAAUCUAUCUAUCAUAUACUGCUACCCAUCACCAUACUAUCUGAGCACCUUGCCCAUAAAAUCAGUAGCCAAAGCAAAGUCCAUAGUGAGAUCUCUGGCUCUUCUUGUUUCUGGGGAUAAAAUCUCUGAUUGAGGUAUCAAUGCAUUUGUUCUUUGUGCUUUUUGUUUGUUUGUUUGUUUGUCAGAUUUUUUGCAUUAUUUUUGGCUUAACUGGUUGGUUGGUGGCUUGUUUUGUUUCUUUGUUCCAGGAAGUUGUGGAGGUGGGAAAGCCUGGGGAGAUGGUGAGUGUCUGGUUUGACAGGAUUUUCAAUGUUUGUCCUCUCUUGGAAGUGCCACUAUGUCAUCUCUUUGAUGGGGUUUUCUGAGCGAGCUGAAGGUUUGCUCCCCACAAUGAUAAAAGGGUGCAAAAGAGGUUUCUGCUUGG